AUGAGUAGUAACAGUUCACUGUCAUCAUCAUCUCCGGCGCGUUCAUCGAUUUCGACCACAGCGAUUGUUGGGGCGAAUGCGGCUUCUUCAUUGGCAAUCGAGGAGUUCCACUUCCCGGCCGACCUCAUCACCAUCCAAGACCGCAAGGACGAGGCAAUUCUUGUUUUGAAGUCUGAUCUGAUGGCUGCACUUAACAAAGAGGUUAAAUCCUUGGAUGAAGAUAGCUGGAUGUUUGAAGGACCUCGUCUCGAAUUCACCUUAUAUCAAAACCAG